CCACAAUUCAUCUCACAUUUCCCAUCCCGUUCCCCGUCUUGUCUUCCACGUCCCAUCUACCACCUCACACUCGCUAUUUGUUCACCAGAGAGUGGGUACCACCUCCCAUAGUCUCCCAACAAAUCAACUCCCAUCCCAUCCCAUCCCAUCGUAUCCUCACCCAGUCUAGUCUAGUCCAGUCUAGUCAAGUCAUUCCCACCCCAUCAGGGUCCACCACCGACUCGACUCAGCCGCAUCCGUCUGUGCAGAAUUCCCCCCCGUUACAAGAUUAUGUCUCCUUUUCGCGGCUCGAACGUCUGACUUGAUGCGAAAUGUUCUGUGCACGAUGUACUAGCGUAAGUAGCGUAAGUAGCGUAGUGUAAUGAAAUGUAGCACGGUGUGUUUCUCCGUUCUUGUUCCCGUUCCUGUCUUUGUUUCUGCUUCUGCGCCUGCUUCUGCUUCUUCUGUUUGUUUGGCUUUCGUGUGUGUUGUUGUGCUGUACUUUACAGUGCUGGGCUGCUACACAUACAUUCGUACAAUCCUACAUUCGACGCUGUUGUCUGUCUGUCUGGCUUUUACAUACACCGUACUUCUAUCUGCUCGAUACCAAGGAGACGAGAACACCACGCAAGGAUACACGCUCUACAUACCAUACCUCCACGCCUCGCCACGAUCCGCAUCAAUCCACACAACCACACCCACACCACCUCACCCACGACACACCCAACAAAAUGCCACUCCCCCGCGCCAUAGCCAACACCCCCGCCGAAAAACGCGGCCUAAUCCUCUCCAUCGUCUUCUUCACGCUCAUAAUCUUCGGCGUCGCCCUCACAAUCGCCGGCUGCAUAAUCUGGAAGCGAAAGCGCGACCGCAAGCAUGGCAGGGAGCUGGGCGAGACGCGCGAGUUGACGUCGAAUAUUGUGGGUGGGAGGGCGCCUGGUGGCGGGAAGGGGCGCUAUGCGAAGUUGGGGGAUGAGGAAGAGAGGGAGGGUAUUUGGGAUACCGGGG